GGUUCCAAUUCUGGAAUUGAUGACAAAGAAAUGGUUCUCCAAACUUUAAAGUCACAUAAAUCUGAUGUUACACAUGAAGAGACUAAUAUGAUUUCUGGGAUUAUUAAUGAAGAAAAGGUCCUCGAUACUAUAAUAUCGUCUACAUCAGAGAAGGUACUUCAAAAUUAUACUAUAAAUAGAGUAGAUCAAGAAGGUUCCAUUUCUGGAAUUGAUGACAAAGAAAUGGUUCUCGAAACUAUACAGUCACAUAAAUCUGAUGUUACACAUGAAGAGACUAAUAUGAUUUCUGGGAUUAUUAAUAAAGAAAAGGUCCUUGAUACUAUAAUGUCUACAUCAGAGAAGGUACUUCAAAAUUAUACUAUAAAUAGAGUAGAUCAAGAAGGUUCUAAUUCUGGAAUUGAUAACAAAGAAAUGGUUUUUGAAACUAUAGAGUCACAUCAAUCUGAUUUUACAAAUAAAGAGAAUAAUAUAAAUUCUGGGAUUCUUAAUGAAGAAAUGGUUCUUGAUACUACAAUGUCGUCUAUAUCAGAGAAGAUCAUUCAAGAUUAUAAUAUAAAUAAAGUAGAUCAAGUAGGUUCCAAUUCUGGAAUUGAUGACAAAGAAAUGGUUCUCCAAACUAUAAAGUCACAUCAAUCUGAUUUUACACAUGGAGAGAGUAAUAAAAAUUCUGGAACUGGAUAUGAAGAAAUGACUCUUGAGUCCCUUAGAUCUGAAAUUAUACAUCAAGAUUACAAUAUAAAUAUUAUAGAGCAAGAAGAUAUCAAUUCUAGACUUGUUGAUACAAAAACUACAGAUGCCAUUUCUGAACUUAAGAACAAAGAAAUUAUUGUUGAUUCAGUAAUGUCACAGAAAUUUGCAAACACCCAUGAAGAGUGUAAUAUGAAGACUGAAAAUCAAGAGAGUGUCAAUUUUGUAUUUGGAAAUAAAGAAAUAGUUACUGAGAGUAUAGAGUUACAAAACCAAGAAGAUGAUGGCAGUUCGGAUAUUGAAAAUGAAAUUUUUCCUCGGGGUGUAGAAUUAGAAAAAUCUGAAAGUACAUAUCAAGAGUUGAACAUUACUGAUACCACCAAUGUAAUUGCAGAAGUGAUUGUAGAAUCAAGUAAAUUGGAAAAUGAAAACCAAGUAUUACAUACCAUCAACGAAAAUCUUUCAAUCAGAGAAGAAACAAUUGAGGAAUUAUAUGUUCAUGCAACAGAAAAUCUUGAAACAACAGAAACAGUCGACACAUCGAAAGUAUUACUUCCAGUUUCAUCAAAUAAGUUUGAAUCAAAAGAAAAUGAUUCAGAAUCAUUGACAGAUACAAGUAUAGAAACAUCCAAAUGCAAUAAUGAAAUUAUAAUUAAAGAAAGGGAAGAAUAUACAAUCGACAAUAAUGAGGAAUUACCAGAUUUACUAAUAUCGGGAGUUACAGUUUCAGAAAACUACCAAAGUGAAGAAAACAAAAUUGACGAUAUAAAAUUAAAAACAAUAAAUGCAGAAGUAUUGAAAGAUACAGUUAUACCUUGUCCAAAAGAAGAAAACUUAUCUGAAAAUGAUCAGGAUCACUCGAUUCGAGAAAAAAAUAACGAUUCAUCUUUAGCAAUAGGUCCAUUUCCACAAGAUGCUAAUACUAACAAUAAUAAGGAAUUAGAACAUGUAAAUGUUGAUUUGGAAGAAAUAAAAUAUACAUCUGUGAUGGCACAUCAGAAAAGUGAUGAAAGCAAAGAAGAUGAAACUAAAAACGUACAAGAAACUUCACCAAUAUUGAUAGAUACAAACUUUACAAUGGAUCAAAAUGAAGAAAACGCAAUCAUCAAUAAAGAAAUAAUUGAUAAAGAAAAUUCUGUGAACCAAAUGGAGCUCGAAGAAUGUGAUAACAUUGUGGAGAUCCAGAGUACGAAGGGAGUUACAGAACAAACGUCAAUAGUAUUAGAGAACAAAGGAAUGGGUGAUAAAGCAGAACUUGAAGUGCCAGCGACAAGUCUCGAAUACAGUUUGUCACAGGAAGUUAUAAACUACAAUGAUGAACUAUUAAAAAAGAUAACUGUCAACAAAUUUGAUUUAACAGAUUAUUAUAAAAAUUCAGUUACUUCUCAAAAUAAUAAAGUUCAAGAGGGAUCAUAUAUAACAACCCCUACUACCACUAUAGCAUCAUUGAAUUCUGAUUUAAAAAUUCAUGAAAACGACAAGGUGAAAGCAGAAAUCUUCAAAGAUAACAACGAGUAUUUUUGCAGUACAGAUAAAAAUAUUGGGUUCGAAGGAACUUGUAGAAAGUUGCACAACGACAACAAUAGUUCAGUUCUUGAAACGCCAGAUUUGGAAAGAAUUCUUGUACCAUUUUUAAAUAAUCAAGAUUUUUCUCCUGCCGAGUUUAAAAACAGCAUUGAUGAUCCUAGCGUUAAACAAAAAAUUCGCACAGUUGUCGUCGAUGAAAACCUCCACAAACCCGGAACUUCAAGACAGGACACCUUAGUUCAUGAUGAAUCCAAAGAAGUACAUCCUGCAGAAUUGGAAAAGAUUCAAAAUGACCCACAACAAAAUUUACAAAAUCCAGCUAUGAUAGAAGAAAUUAUGGAGCAUCGAUUACCUUUCGAAAACCAAUUCUACUUACCUCCUGCAAAUCAACUUUCUGGCAGUUCCCAAAUGAAAAUAUCAGACGGCACUAAUGACCACAAUUAUUAUUCAAAUUAUACAAGUGAUCCAGUGAUGAGUAUCGCUGAGGACGGAGGGGAAAUGUCGUUAACAGCGAAAGAAUUUACGAAUGUUAUUCUGAAUUUCGGUAAUGAAAAUGAAUUCUUAGAUUUCACUUCAUCUCUUAUGGAUUUGGAUCUUGCGGAUGAAAAUGCAUCAAGACGAGAAUCAGAACCGUUUCAAUCGUGGGAUAAUGAACCGAAAGUGAUUGUCGAAUACAACAAUCAAUCUAAUGAUACUCCAAUAGUUAUAAGAGGAUAUAUUAAUGAUUGUACAGGUUCCGAACCUUGGGGUCAACAAAACAGUGGAAAAAACCAACAAUCAUUUCACGAUGAAUUAUUUAAUCAGCAGAGUGGUCAUGCUAAUCCUAUUUUGGCGGAAGAAAUUACAAUCUCAGCUUCAGAAUCUUUAGACGCGAAUAUUAAAAUGCCUGAUGCAAAUUUGAAAUUUUACGACAUGUUAAAUAUAACACCAGAAACUGUUUCUAUCGAUAAAAAAGAACAAUAUCAGGUUCAAAUGGACAACACUAGUGAAACACCUCUUUGUCUCGCUGAAAAAUCUAGUUCUGAUACCGGAAAUUCACGUUCAAGUGAAGGUACUGGCAAAUCGAAAAAAGUAGUACAACAAUUGGCUUUAUACAAAAAAAUUAAAGAGAAACAAUCUACUCAAAGUCAUAUGAAACGAAACAACGUCGAAAUUCCGAGUAGAAAAUGUAAUAGGACAUGUCCUAGAAAGUGGACGAAAAUGUCUUCUUCCCCUCCGACGAAAGCGAAUGAAGUACUGAAAUCGAAUGAAUCAGAAAAACUUUCAGAAGAUUAUCAAAACAAACAAGUAAUCAACACCAUUUCUACAAUUGGUGUUCCUGUAUUAAAGCCUUCUGACUUGAAAGAAGUUGAAUCGCCCUCUACACUUCUAACAAAUGGUACAAUCAGCAAAUAUCCAAUUGAAAAAGAUAAAGUGACUAAACCAACUAACUCUGUUGCCAAUAAAACUAAACAUGAAACAUCUAAACCCAUCAUAUUAUCGGAUCACAGAGAAAAGGAUAAACACGAAUCAAAAAAUCUAGUCACUGCACAUAAAGAUGAGGACAUAAAAAGCGAUAUUUGUAUAAAGCGAGUUUGUAUAAACAACACUUCAUUAGAAAGAGAUAUUUCUACAAAGACCAAAAAUAUCAAUGGCUCAAAAAUUGAUCAUGCAAAUAAACGUAAUCAUCUUAAAAAGCUACAGAUGGCCAUUAUCCAACCAGAUACUAAAACGCCGUCUAAACCUACACAAGAUACUAAAUCCAGUUCAAAAGCUCUACCAGAAACUACCGCGCCAUCAAAACACACCCAAGCAACUAAAUCGUCGUAUAAAGCUAUACAAGAAACUGAAGCACCAUCUAAGGAAUCGAUAAAAUCCGUAAUUUAUCCGAUUAUACCAAAAACUACAGUUCACCGUUCUCAAGACAAACCAACAACAAUUGCCAAACAUGAUCCGUAUCUUCAAAACGCCGAAACCUCCUUAAGGGAUAAGAAUCACGGGACAACCUCAACAGUUCAGUUACAUAGAACUCAAGAGCGUUUACGAGAAAGUGUCUCAAAAAAAUCAUACGAAAGAUCUUCCGAUCAAUUGUAUAAUAGAGUUUCUUCAGUUAGCCCCAACAGCUCGGGACGUUCUUCUCGAGAUAGGUCUUCUAGAGGCGGAUCAGAAACUUCUUCAUUUGGUUGCGACGAUAAUGAGGUGACACUCAAUAUCUAUGACGCAGUCAAACAGAGAAAAAGGGCAGUUACUAAAAGAGAUUCUUCAGUAGAAAACAAAUCUCGUUGCGAUUAUAAAACCAGAAGAAAUAAAAGAAAAAAAAGUCCCGAUGGUUAUCAAGCAUCGAAAAAGUCUAAAACCCCGAGCAGUGCCGAAGACAAUGAAAUCCAGGAAAGAAUUCCUACUACUGAUCUUAAAGAAAUGAGAGUAACUUCUAGUACACAGUACACAGCGCACCCUACAGCAUCAGGGAACCAAAAUAAUUUCAGCAGCAGUUACCCCGUUAACAGGACAUCAAGAGACAAUAAUCGGGAUAGGGACAAAAGGAACGCUGUGGAGUCCAGUAGUAAAUCGAAGAGUCAAAAGACAUAUAGGAGUACUGAAGAUGUUUUUGACCGUUUACUUAGUCAGGGAAAUACGAAUCCUUUCUUCAAUAAUCCUCAUCAAGCAACUUCAAGUAACUCCAAGUCGGACCGCCCCGAUCAAUAUUCAUACAAACGAUGUAUCGAUCGAUCGGUUAAUGACUCGAAUUACAGCAAUAAACGAAGACUAGAAGAUCAAAGUAGCAUUAGAAAAAAUGAUAGAGGUGUAAGGCCAGAAUCUUCACAAAGAAAUCCUAAUUAUCGAUCCAAUAUGGAAUCUAAUCGAUCGCAGUUAGGACAACGGCCAUCUACCGAUUAUUAUCACAAGUAUACGCCUACAUAUCCCUCUAGGGACAGAGAAGACAUUUAUUCUCCCAGGAAAUCCAGCAGUAGUAGACAAUCGCAGCAGCUAUCCAGUUAUGGAUCAAGCAAUUCCAACGUUUCGAAUUUGUAUCGUCGGAGUGACUCACAUCAAAAAACACCUAAUACUUCACUUUAUACCGCUAAAUGCAAUCAACUCUCCGAUGAAAAGAAGAAUGAAUUGUUGGAAGAUCUCAGAAACGUGGUACAAAUGCAGUUGAAUAAAAGCAGCAAAAGUAACAAUUCUGAAGCUGAUUGGUACCAGGGAAUUGAACCACUUCUUUCUGAAAACCUCCAUGGGUUCAACAAGAGGGAAUAGUACUGUAUGGGAGUAAAGUUGUAUAAUUUGUAUUUAUAUUAUUAUAGUUUAAGAUUAAGUACUGUAAAUAUGUUGAUAGUGUGUACAAAGAACGCCUUUAGGGCAUUUUUUGCGAAAAUUGCCGUUAGUAAUCAUGUAAUUAAUAAUUUUUUAAAAAACCGUUAUUAACUUUUUUUUGUAAAAUUUAUAUAUAAAUCCACCAUAUAUAUAUUAUGUCGUCGUUUUAAUUACUUUAUUAUUCAAGAAUAUUUAAUAUGUACCUAUUUAUUUUUCCUAGAUUUAAAGAUCAGAUUAAUAUUAAUUAGGAUAAGCUAGAUUGUAAAAACUUUUUUCGUGAUUUUAUAGACAAAUUUACAAAUUGUGUAUAUACGAUGUUGACUAUGAUUAAAAAAGCAAGUGAUA